UAUCGAUAAAUCCGCGGUCACACUGAUUGAAAUGGCUGCCGCAUUGAAGAAAUAAAAAAGAACUUUUCGUUUUGCUAACCCGGGAAAAUUUGUAAAGUUAAGGUUAAGGUACCAUUAAAUACUAUCAAUUCGGACUGUGCAUUGCGUGCAACUGAAAGAUGUCCAUUCCGCCUUAUAUGAUACCGCAAAAUGCAUGGGCCGCUCAGUUGAUGGCCCAGCAGGCCUAUGCUGCUGCACACGCACAGCAGGCACAAUUGCAUGCGCAGCAGCAGAUGGCCAACCAGAUACAGCAAAUACCGCCACCCGGAGCACCCUUACCACAGGCAAGCGGACAUUCUAAUGGGAUACCGAUCCCGGCUGGUGGCCAGGGGCAGUCUGGUCUGGGACAAAUUCCCACGCCAAAGCCGGACAUACUUACAGAGGAUAAGCUGCAGGAGAAGGCACUGAAGUGGCAGAAUCUGCAGUCCAAGCGUUUCGCUGAAAAGCGAAAGUUCGGCUUCGUUGACACCCAGAAGGAGGACAUGCCUCCGGAGCAUAUAAGAAAAAUUAUACGUGAUCACGGUGACAUGACCUCGCGCAAGUAUCGCCACGACAAGCGUGUUUAUUUGGGCGCUCUGAAGUACAUGCCACAUGCAGUGCUGAAGCUUCUGGAAAAUAUGCCCAUGCCAUGGGAGCAGAUUCGGGACGUGCAGGUGCUGUACCACAUCACUGGUGCCAUAACCUUUGUCAACGAAAUUCCCUGGGUGAUUGAGCCGGUUUACAUUGCUCAGUGGGGAACAAUGUGGAUAAUGAUGCGUCGCGAAAAGCGUGAUCGACGCCACUUCAAGCGAAUGCGAUUUCCGCCGUUCGACGAUGAAGAGCCGCCGCUGGACUAUGCGGACAACGUAUUGGACGUGGAGCCAUUGGAAGCCAUUCAAAUUGAGCUCGAUAAUGAUGAGGAUAAUGCCGUGUACAAAUGGUUCUACGACCAUCGUCCCCUCGUGGAGACGCCCUAUGUGAAUGGUUCCACGUACCGCAAGUGGAACCUGUCCCUGCCGCAGCUGGCUACUCUCUAUCGGCUGGCGAACCAGCUGCUCACUGACCUGGUCGACAACAACUUUUUUUACCUAUUCGACCCGAAGAGUUUCUUUACAGCCAAAGCUUUAAACAUGGCCAUACCGGGCGGACCCAAAUUCGAGCCACUCAUCAAGGAUAAUAAUGUUGGGGAUGAGGACUGGAAUGAGUUCAACGACAUCAAUAAGGUGAUCAUCCGACAACCCAUUCGUACGGAGUACCGCAUUGCUUUUCCCUACCUGUACAACAAUAUGCCGCACUUUGUGCAUUUAAGCUGGUAUCACACACCGAACGUGGUCUACAUCAAGACCGAAGAUCCCGAUUUGCCUGCGUUUUACUUUGAUCCUCUCAUCAAUCCCAUUUCGCAUCGCAAUGUAAAUUCCAAACUGCAGGAGCCCCUUCCCGAUGACGAUGAGGACUUUACGCUUCCGGAUGAAGUGCAGCCGUUCCUGCAGGACACGCCGCUGUACACGGACAACACCGCAAAUGGAAUUGCUUUGCUAUGGGCACCGCGCCCCUUCAACAUGCGCUCAGGACGGUCCCGUCGAGCCAUAGAUGUGCCGCUGGUCAAGUGCUGGUACAAAGAGCACUGCCCACCUGGCCAUCCGGUCAAGGUGCGCGUCAGCUAUCAGAAAUUGCUGAAAUAUUAUGUACUAAAUGCUCUGAAGCACAGAAAGCCCAAGCCACAAAAGAAGCGAUAUCUAUUUCGGUCAUUCAAGGCCACGAAGUUCUUCCAGACUACCACCUUGGACUGGGUUGAGGCUGGGUUGCAGGUUUGCCGUCAGGGAUACAACAUGUUAAAUCUUUUGAUUCAUCGCAAAAAUCUAAACUAUUUGCAUCUGGACUACAAUUUCAACUUGAAGCCGGUGAAGACAUUGACUACGAAGGAGCGGAAAAAGUCGCGUUUCGGCAAUGCGUUUCAUUUGUGCCGAGAGAUCCUGCGUCUGACCAAGCUCAUCAUCGACUCCCACGUGCAGUAUCGUCUGAAUAAUGUUGAUGCUUUCCAGCUCUCCGAUGGCCUGCAGUACAUAUUCGCGCAUGUCGGUCAGCUCACUGGCAUGUAUCGCUACAAGUACAAGCUGAUGAGGCAGAUAAGAAUGUGCAAGGAUCUGAAGCACUUGAUCUACUACCGCUUCAACACGGGACCCGUGGGCAAAGGGCCUGGCUGUGGCUUCUGGGCACCCGGAUGGCGUGUGUGGCUGUUUUUUAUGCGCGGCAUUACCCCACUGCUGGAACGCUGGCUGGGAAAUCUACUGUCCCGUCAGUUCGAAGGACGCCACUCCAAGGGCGUAGCCAAAACCGUGACCAAGCAGCGCGUCGAAUCUCACUUCGAUCUGGAGCUGCGCGCCUCUGUCAUGCACGAUAUUGUUGACAUGAUGCCUGAGGGCAUCAAGCAAAACAAGGCUCGCACAAUUCUGCAGCAUCUGUCUGAGGCUUGGCGUUGCUGGAAAGCCAACAUUCCGUGGAAGGUACCCGGCCUCCCCAUACCCAUCGAAAAUAUGAUCCUACGCUAUGUCAAAAUGAAGGCCGACUGGUGGACAAACACGGCCCACUACAAUCGAGAGCGCAUACGACGAGGUGCCACCGUAGAUAAGACUGUCUGCAAGAAGAAUCUGGGACGCCUCACUCGACUCUAUCUGAAGGCGGAGCAAGAACGACAGCAUAAUUACCUCAAGGAUGGCCCGUACAUAUCGCCAGAAGAGGCGGUGGCCAUCUACACCACCACCGUGCACUGGCUAGAGUCGCGUCGCUUUGCGCCCAUACCAUUCCCUCCGCUCUCCUACAAGCACGACACAAAAUUGCUGAUCCUGGCACUUGAACGACUGAAAGAGGCCUACAGCGUGAAGUCCCGCUUAAAUCAAAGCCAGCGCGAGGAGCUUGGACUCAUAGAACAAGCAUACGACAAUCCCCACGAGGCAUUGUCUCGUAUCAAGCGUCAUCUGCUAACGCAGCGAGCUUUCAAAGAGGUGGGGAUCGAGUUCAUGGACCUGUACAGCCAUCUGAUACCCGUGUAUGAGGUGGAGCCGCUGGAGAAGAUCACAGACGCAUAUCUCGACCAGUACCUCUGGUACGAGGCAGACAAGCGGCGGCUGUUUCCGCCCUGGAUCAAGCCCAGCGACACCGAGCCCCCGCCGCUACUGGCCUAUAAGUGGUGUCAAGGCAUCAACAAUCUGCAGGAGGUCUGGGAUGUGGGCGAGGGAGAGUGCAAUGUGCUGCUGGAGUCGCGAUUUGAGAAGCUGUACGAGAAGAUUGACUUGACUCUGCUUAACCGUCUGUUGCGCCUGAUCGUGGACCAUAACAUCGCCGAUUAUAUGACGGCUAAGAACAAUGUGGUGAUCAACUACAAGGACAUGAACCACACCAACAGCUAUGGCAUUAUUCGCGGUCUGCAGUUCUCUUCGUUCAUAACGCAAUACUAUGGCUUGGUUCUGGACCUCCUGGUCCUGGGCCUGCAUCGUUCCAGCGAGAUGGCCGGACCCCCGCAAAUGCCGAAUGACUUUCUUACCUUUCAGGACGCAGUCACGGAGACGGCUCAUCCUAUUCGGCUGUACUGUCGCUACGUCGAUCGCAUACACUUGUUUUUCAGAUUCUCGGCGGAGGAGGCUCGCGACCUUAUCCAGCGCUAUCUCACGGAGCAUCCCGAUCCGAACAAUGAAAACAUUGUCGGCUACAACAAUAAGAAGUGCUGGCCCCGCGAUGCUCGAAUGCGUCUGAUGAAGCACGACGUCAAUCUAGGUCGCGCGGUAUUCUGGGACAUUAAGAACCGGUUGCCCCGCUCUGUGACCACCAUUGGCUGGGAGAGCACCUUUGUUUCCGUAUAUUCCAAGGACAAUCCGAACCUGCUUUUCAACAUGAGCGGCUUUGAGUGUCGAAUUUUGCCAAAGUGCCGCACCCAAAACGAGGAAUUCACACAUCGUGAUGGCGUGUGGAAUUUGCAAAAUGAAAUAACCAAGGAGCGCACAGCUCAAUGUUUCCUGCGCGUGGACGACGAAUCGCUGGGACGCUUCCACAACCGUGUGCGCCAGAUCUUGAUGGCCUCCGGUUCCACCACAUUCACCAAAAUUGUCAAUAAAUGGAACACGGCCCUCAUUGGCCUGAUGACGUACUUCCGCGAGGCUGUGGUCAACACCCAGGAGCUACUGGAUCUACUGGUCAAGUGUGAGAACAAGAUUCAGACGCGCAUCAAGAUUGGCCUCAACUCAAAAAUGCCCUCGCGCUUCCCGCCCGUGGUGUUCUACACCCCAAAGGAGCUGGGUGGUCUCGGCAUGUUGAGCAUGGGCCACGUUCUCAUUCCGCAAUCCGACCUGCGCUGGUCCAAGCAGACGGAUGUGGGGAUAACCCAUUUCCGAUCUGGCAUGUCCCAUGACGAGGAUCAGCUUAUUCCGAAUCUGUAUCGCUACAUUCAGCCGUGGGAGAGUGAGUUCAUUGAUUCGCAGCGCGUCUGGGCGGAGUACGCGCUGAAGCGCCAGGAGGCCAACGCUCAGAACCGUCGCCUCACACUGGAGGACCUUGAAGACAGCUGGGAUCGUGGUAUUCCACGGAUCAACACGCUCUUCCAGAAGGACCGACACACUUUGGCCUAUGACAAGGGCUGGCGGAUACGCACUGAGUUCAAGCAGUAUCAGGUGCUGAAGCAAAACCCCUUCUGGUGGACCCAUCAGCGCCACGACGGAAAGCUGUGGAACCUCAACAACUAUCGGACGGACAUGAUCCAAGCACUGGGUGGCGUGGAGGGAAUUCUCGAACACACACUAUUCAAGGGCACCUACUUCCCCACGUGGGAGGGUCUUUUCUGGGAGAAGGCUUCUGGGUUUGAGGAGUCCAUGAAGUACAAGAAACUGACCAAUGCACAGCGCUCUGGUCUGAAUCAGAUACCGAAUCGCCGCUUCACACUCUGGUGGUCGCCGACGAUCAACCGCGCCAACGUCUAUGUGGGCUUUCAGGUGCAGUUGGAUUUGACUGGCAUAUUCAUGCAUGGCAAGAUACCGACGCUCAAGAUAUCGCUGAUCCAAAUAUUUCGUGCUCACUUGUGGCAGAAGAUACACGAGUCAAUUGUGAUGGACUUGUGUCAGGUGUUUGAUCAGGAACUAGACGCUCUUGAAAUCGAAACGGUGCAGAAGGAGACGAUCCAUCCGCGUAAGUCCUACAAGAUGAACUCCUCCUGUGCCGACAUUCUAUUGUUCCCCGCCUACAAGUGGAACGUGUCGCGACCCUCUCUGCUGGCCGACACAAAGGACACCAUGGACAACACGACCACCCAGAAGUAUUGGCUAGAUAUUCAGCUGCGCUGGGGAGACUAUGAUUCGCACGAUGUAGAGCGCUACGCGAGGGCCAAGUUCCUUGAUUACACCACAGACAACAUGUCUAUUUAUCCUUCGCCAACGGGCAUCCUAAUUGCCAUCGACCUGGCCUACAACCUGCACUCGGCAUAUGGCAAUUGGUUCCCGGGCUGCAAGACCCUUAUCCAGCAGGCCAUGGCCAAGAUUAUGAAGGCCAAUCCGGCACUCUAUGUCCUGCGAGAACGCAUCCGCAAGGCUCUGCAGCUGUACUCGUCUGAGCCAACGGAACCCUACUUGAGCUCACAGAACUAUGGCGAGCUGUUCUCCAAUCAGAUCAUAUGGUUUGUCGACGAUACCAACGUGUAUCGCGUCACCAUCCACAAGACAUUUGAGGGCAAUCUGACAACGAAGCCGAUAAACGGGGCCAUAUUUAUAUUCAAUCCGCGGACAGGUCAGCUUUUCCUAAAGAUUAUCCACACUUCGGUAUGGGCGGGGCAGAAGCGAUUGGGCCAGUUGGCCAAGUGGAAGACGGCUGAGGAGGUGGCAGCCUUAAUUCGUUCGCUUCCCGUGGAGGAGCAGCCGAAGCAGAUCAUUGUGACCCGCAAGGGUAUGCUGGAUCCUCUCGAGGUGCAUUUGCUCGACUUUCCCAACAUUGUAAUCAAGGGCUCCGAGCUGCAGUUGCCUUUCCAGGCCUGCUUGAAAGUCGAGAAGUUUGGCGAUCUGAUUCUGAAGGCCACCGAGCCCCAAAUGGUUCUCUUUAACCUGUACGAUGACUGGCUAAAGACAAUUUCCUCGUACACGGCAUUUAGUCGUCUCAUUCUGAUCUUGCGCGCCUUGCAUGUGAAUACGGAGCGUACGAAAAUAAUCCUUAAGCCAGACAAGACCACUAUUACCGAGGCCCAUCAUAUCUGGCCGACAUUGACGGAUGAGGAGUGGAUCAAGGUGGAGGUGCAGCUCAAGGAUCUCAUACUGGCCGACUACGGAAAGAAGAACAACGUGAACGUGGCCUCUCUCACACAGUCUGAAAUCCGCGACAUUAUUCUGGGCAUGGAGAUCAGUGCGCCAUCGGCGCAACGCCAGCAGAUAGCAGAGAUCGAGAAGCAGACAAAGGAGCAGAAUCAACUGACGGCGACCACCACGCGCACCACAAACAAGCACGGCGACGAGAUCAUCACUUCCACCACAUCCAAUUAUGAGACGCAAACCUUCAGCUCGAAAACAGAGUGGCGCGUAAGAGCCAUCUCUGCCACUAAUCUGCAUCUGCGAACGAAUCACAUAUAUGUGAGCUCCGACGACAUCAAGGAGACUGGCUAUACUUACAUUCUGCCCAAGAACAUUCUCAAGAAGUUCGUCACCAUCUCGGACUUGAGAGCGCAGAUUGCGGGCUAUCUGUACGGUGUGAGUCCGCCGGACAACCCGCAGGUGAAGGAGAUUCGUUGCAUUGUGAUGCCACCACAAUGGGGAACGCACCAGACCAUUAACCUCCCCAACACGCUGCCCACCCAUCAGUACCUUAAGGACAUGGAGCCGCUGGGUUGGAUCCACACUCAACCCAACGAGCUGCCGCAGCUGUCCCCGCAGGACAUCACGACUCAUGCCAAGAUCAUGCAGGAGAACUCCAAUUGGGAUGGCGAGAAGACGAUUGUAAUCACCUGCUCUUUCACUCCGGGCUCAUGCUCGCUGACCGCCUACAAACUGACACCGUCGGGCUUCGAAUGGGGCUCAAAGAACACGGACAAGGGCAACAACCCCAAGGGCUACCUGCCUUCUCACUACGAGAGAGUUCAGAUGCUGUUGUCGAACAAAUUCCUUGGCUUCUUUAUGGUGCCCGCGCAGAGCAGCUGGAACUACAACUUCAUGGGAGUCCGGCACGAUCCCAACAUGAAGUACGAACUGCAGCUGGCCAACCCAAAGGAGUUCUAUCACGAACUGCAUCGCACCUCGCACUUCCUGCUUUUUUCGAACCUCGAGGAUGGUGGCGAUGGCGCCGGUGCGGAUCGUGAGGAUGUCUAUGCGUAGACGAAUCAUUUACCUUUCGUGUUUGUGUUUUCGUUUCUUGCGUACCAACAAUUUAUUCGUGCUUUCAAAAUGUUAGCGACAAGGUACAUUUCGUAAUAAAAUUAAAUUCUUUUUCCA